AGAGAAAGCAGGAGGUGGGGGGGGGCCAUCUAUGUGUACAUGAAUGAGGCGGGGGGCUUCCAGCCCGAGCCCAGCCUGGAGCUCACCGGGCCCAGCUACUCCGCCUUCGGCUUCGCCAUCGCCAGCAUAGGGGACAUCAACCAGGAUGGCUUCCAGGACAUCGCCGUGGGGGCUCCCUUUGAGGGGCCAGGCAAAGUGUACAUCUACCACAGCAGCGCCGAAGGACUGCGGCGCAUCCCCAGCCAGGUGAUCAGUGGGGCAGAGCUGGGCCCUGCCAGCAUGCAGACCUUUGGCUACGCUCUCAGCGGAGGGCUGGACGUGGAUGGCAACUCCUACCCCGACCUGCUGGUGGGCAGCCUGGCAGAACGCGUGGUGCUGCUCCGCGCUCGCCCCGUCAUCAACAUCCUCGACAAAACCUUCACCGUCACCCCCAGCAAAGUGGACCCUGCACGUUGCACGCCCGACUCCUGGUGAGCAAUUGUGCACGGGG